GGCAGAGGGAAGGGCCGAGUGUCAACAUUGAGGCUGAGGAGGGCCUGAGGAAGCCCAAUAUUUAUCCGAAUAAUUUCGCUCUCGUGCGAUACAAUGCCGCUGUACGAGGGCCUGAGCGGGAUCGGCCUGAUAAAUGAGAAGAACACGACGGUUGUGUUCGAUUUCGGGUCGGCUUACACCAAAGCUGGCUUUGCUGGAGAGAAUGGACCAAGGGUCAUCUUGAGGUCUGAGGUCAAGUGCCGGGAGACGGGCAACAUUGUGCCAGUGUUUGAGACCCAGGACAAGGAGGAACUGCGUCACCGUUUGGUUGACUUCAUCCACAAACUCUAUUUCAAGCACUUGCUUGUGAAUCCCAAGGACAGAAGGGUUGUGGUUGUCGAGAAUCUCCUGACGCCUUCCAACACACGCAACAUCUUAGCCAAAGUACUCUUCAGACACUAUGAGGUUUUAUCAGUAGUGUUUGCACCAUCCCACCUUGUGGCUUUAAUGACUCUAGGAAUUAACACUGGUUUGGUAAUGGACAUUGGCUAUCAAGAGGUCACACUCAUACCUGUGUUCGAGGGGGUUCCUAUUCUGUCAGCCUGGCAAGCACUGUCAUUAGGAGGCAAAGCAGUUCAUAGUUCUUUGAGCGAAUUGUUGCUCGACCGCGGAUUGUCGGUCGGAGAGGAUGGGAAGGAACAGAGGCUCUCCUCGGUAAUGGAGACACUCCCCGAGAAGGUCCUGGAGGAUGUUAAAGUCCGAACUUGCUUUGUAUCGACACUGGAAAGAAGCUCAAAGCUGCACGGCAACAAGUAUGACCGCUCAAUCGAACCCCCUGCUCCUCCUCCGUCUGUGCUGUACCCCCUGUCUGGUAGUCGCAGUCUUACUAUCCCUGGCACAGUGAGGGAGCUGGCUACUGAAGUUCUGUUCGAGCAGGAUCGUGAUGCUCUUAGCCUGCCAACAAUCAUCCUGGAUUCUUUGCAGAAGUGUCCAAUUGAUACACGACGAGUGCUUGCAGAGAACCUGGUCAUUAUUGGAGGCACUGCCAGCAUGCUAGGCCUUAGACACCGCCUGCUGGCUGAAGUUCGCACUCUCGCUGCUUCAGAGGCAUUCAGCAAAGUGGUGAAGAUAAAUUCUUUCAAGAUCCACAACCCACCUGCCAAAGCUAAUUAUGUGGCCUGGCUGGGAGGUGCCAUCCUUGGAGGGACAGAAGCGGUGGCCCUGCGCACACUCCCCCGCGACCAGUUCCUGGUGAAUGACCGAGUGCCUGACUGGUGUGACCUCUCAUGCAACCUGAAGGAGGAGCGGGACGAGAAGUCGGCCUGAUCUCCCAUUUGACCAAUUCCUAGACCAGCUUCAUCUUCUUGAUUCUCUUGACAUUUGCAGUUUUGACUUUCUCAUCGUUUCAGACUUUCCACUUGACCUUUUUGACCUCCAGACUUUCUUGAAGUUUCUUCAUGACUUGAUCUUCUGCCUUGUAUCGUACAAGGCCUUCUUAACUUUACACUUCGCCUUCUAUAUUUUCUUGCCUCUCCACUUGACCUAUCUGACCUUAACUUCUGUGACCAAUGUGAUACCACAAAAGCCACCUCUAUUAUGCAGCAGUUUGGCUUUUGCUUCAUUUUCGUUAUAUUCUGAGAUGCCGGGUCAGAUUUGUAUAUAUUUUUGUAUUUAUUAGGAUGGAGUUCCUGGUUAGAAAAUUCAGGUGAAAAGUGAAAGUGAAUAACUUGGACAUUUUUCAUGUGUCUUCUGUCUGGAAAUCUAAUAAGGAAGCAGCUUUAAAGAUAAUUAUGAUAUUUAAUAUGUUGAUUUUAAUUUUGGAAAUAUAUGCUUAUGCUGUAGAAGGUUUAUGUUUUAUUUUGCAUAGUAACAGAAAUCCUGCAAGUUAACAAGUUUUAUAAUGUUCUUUUUUUAUUGUUUGUUGCUUUGUUUUUAUAUAUAGUCUUUAUAUGUGCACAAGAUUGGGAAAGCAAAAUGUUUUUUUUUACAAUUCAUUAUUAUGUACUAGUGCUAGACAUUUGUCAUUUUAAUACUCUUCUACAAUUCACUCAUUUCUUCAAGCAUGUAGGAUAAUUUUCAUGAACACAUUUUUUUCUUUUGCCUUUUAUUUUCACUGAAUAUAUUACAAUCCUAUAAUGUAUUAGGAAAUAACAUUUUUUUAUUUACAAUUUUUAAUACACAAUAAGGAACAUGCAAUGUGAAGAGAUUGUGGAAUUAAGUACAUUUAGACUCAACAGAAGAUAGCAGCAAACAGGCAAUAUAUAAUUUAUGUAAAAGAGGGACAUUUGAAAGUUUGUUUUUUUCCUCCACAAUUAAAUGUUAAAUCAAAGAACUUGUAAAUGCUUAUUGGGUUAUAGCCAGUGACUCUUUAAAUACCCAUAGGCAGAAUUAUUAGAAAGCUGACUAGCAUAUACAUUAUAAUGUAAUAUUCUUUAUGUAGUCCCAAAGAACACAUUGAGUUGAAAUGUCAAGUAAUAUCAUGCUUUAUUCCUUUUUUUUGUGACAUCUUUUCUCUGAGAUAUGGCUAUUUCAAUUUUAGUUGGAUAUUUGUAUGUUGAGAAAUUGACAAGCACUCUUCCAAUAUUUCUUUAUGUAUGUUUAUAAUGCAAUGUUAUUCUUGUCAACUUGAAGAAUGGUGCAGCUUUAACUACAAUAUAUUGAUACAAUCUCAA